AUGUAUACUUCUCCAUCUCAUACUCUGGCAAAGGAAGAUCUUUGGCUCAACCAUGUGGUAACCAAGACAGAACGCAAGGUGAUUUUGGUCCUGUUAUGCAGCUUUAUGAAUACUGCGUGCAAAUAUGAUCCUAUAGGCUGGGGAGUUCCUUACAAUCAUAUUAUGGUAGCAGAUCCUCGGGAACAAUUGGUAGCCAUGUGUCUUCGUGUCUUGCUGAUCUUAUUGGAUUAUCGAUCACCACAUGCUGUAGAAGUGAUGCAUGAAUUGGAUCAACAACAACAACAACGACAACACUCGCUUGCAGGAACCGCCACUGAACAAAUGAUCGGUGAUAUUACUACUUCUUCUACAAUUACUUUGACAGCGAAGAACAACAACGGCGAUCAUCCAUCAUCACCUGAUACAAGCAACAAUGUUCAAGAAGAGACUCCCGCCGUCCUCGUACCCACUAGUCCUACCUCAACUGAAAUUCAAUCCAUCUUGUCUUCUGUAGAGGAAAUCAACGAUACUCACGACAAUCCAUUCAAACAUUAUUUAUCCAAACUACAUCGUCCAAGCGAUUUCAAAUUUUUGGUGGAUGGAAUUCAUCGUAUCUUGCUAAAUCCAUUACAGCGAUUCAAGAAUUAUAUGACUGAAACGAAUCAUGCUCUGGACCUAUUAGUGGUGUUGAUAUACUAUUCUGUUGAAAGCAAAUCGAAUAUCACGCAAGUGGGCGUGGUACGUAUGUGUGCCUUUAUUUUACAAACAUUAUCAUCUGAACGUGAAUUUGGUAUUAAGCUCAACACUGUUUUCAAUGGCCACUCUGCUCUUCCAUCUAUUGCUCGACUUCCAGCUUUCCAUGGUACUUAUGGCGAUUAUCUCGUUGUCUCUAUUGUCAAUUUGAUUGCAUCAACACAUGGUGGGUUAUCUUCAUUAUAUCCAGCCUUUAUUCUCACUAUCGCCAAUGUCUCCCCUUAUCUCAAAAACUUAUCUGUGGCUUCUGCUAGCAAACUUAUUACGUUAUUCAAUUCUGUAUCGUCUCCUGGGUUUAUGUUGGCCGACGAUAGUAAUCAUCGUCUCACUGGUUAUAUGUUGGAAAUAUUCAACAAUAUUAUUCAAUACCAUUUUGCAAAUAAUCCCAAUGUGAUUUAUGCUAUUGUUCGAAAUCACACUCGAUUUGAAAAGUUGUUCAAUUUUACUCUCUCCUCUGGCUUGGCUGAAAUAGAACAUCAUCGACGAUUAAAAGAAGAAAAACGACAAUCCAUCUCCUCAGAAGCACCAGUUAACAAUUCAGAUCAUCCAACUGUCAAUGACGAUACAAAAACAACUCCUUCAUCCUCAUCCUCGACAUCAUCUUUGGAAAGACAGCAAGUCACUUCUCCAUCAUCAUCGUCAUCAUCCUCUUUAGGACAGAUGUACACCUUUCAAAAGUUUAGUCCUACUGAAGAAUGGGUAUCACUUUGGUUCCCGCAAUUCCCAGUGGAAACGAUCCGUGUACUUUUGGAUUAUUUGGUACCGUUAGUGGAAGAGAAAUGUACGACGGAAGGAUUGACAACAGAUGCUCAGGUGUUGGAAUUCUUACGGUCGGUCACUUUGGUUGGUAUUUUACCUCAACGACAUGCUAUCUUUAUCCGAAAAUUCCAAUGGGGUGAAGCCCUUGUUAUCUGGUUUAGAAGUAUGUUAUGGGGCCAGGCUUAUAUUUCAUCUAUGCAUACAUUGGUCAGUCCUUGGAAUGGUACUUUGAUUCGACUUUUCCAAAUCAAGCAUGAAAUUCCUUCCUCACCAUCACAACAACAACAAAAACGAUCAACAACAUCUCCACCACCACCAGCAACAAUAGAACAAACAUCAACAACAGUUGACACUACCGAUUCUGCAAGUAUCUCUUCUCCGGUAGCGAAAUGA